AUGGCAGAUCAUGAGGUCGAAGAAGAGGAGAAGAUGUUGGCAGGGUUUGAUGCUGCAGGAGAUCACCCAGGAGUGGAUGAGAUCGUGUUGGAUAUGGACGGAGAGGAUCUCAUCUUCGCCGAGGAUACCUUUCCUUCCUUGCCUGACUUCUCGUGCCUCUCUUCACCAUCGCCUUCCACCUUGCAUGCCAAGAACACAGUCCUGUCUCCCUGUUCUUCCACAUCUUCCACCUCCUCCUGUUGGUCCUUCUUACAGGUUCCUUACGGCGGCAGGGUCGCCGAUGUGCAGCAGCAGCCGGCGGAAGCUGCAUCGGUCGACGACAUGAUGAUGCUCGCACCGCCAACGUUAGAAUUCCUCGAGUCGAGCGAGUUCAGCUCCGACGGGCUCGACAUCCUCGGUGACAUCGACCUCCUCGAUCUGUCGAUUGAUCCCUGGGAGCCGUGUUCGCUUUUCCAUGCCGGCGAGUCCAGUACGGCUGUCGAUAACGGCAGUGAGGCCAUCGUUGAUCGUGCGAUGCAGCCGUGUCAAGUUGCAGAAGAAGCGAGCUCCGAGGGCCACGGCGAAGGAGUGCAGCAGCGGCAGCAGUUGGAGGACACUUCCUCGGAUGAACUGGCGAGGGUUUUCUUGGACUGGCUGAGGAGCAACAAGGACUCUAUCUCGGCGGAGGACCUUCGGAGCAUCAAGCUGAAGCGCGCCACCAUCGAGUGCGCCGAUCGCCGCCUGGGCCGAACUAAGCAUGGCCGGAUGCAGCUGCUGAAGCUGAUACUGACCUGGGUGCAGAACAGCCAUCUCCAAAGGAAGCGGCACAGGCCGACAUCUUCCGACGAUCACCAGCCCCGGCCGUUCCCCAACAACUGCAACUGCAGCACAGCCGAUCAGAACCCUGCGGCAUGGAACCCCAACUCCACGGAUCCUGCCGCCGGCUCUACGCAUCCGUCGCUACUCGCUGCUUACGGCAUCGCCAACGGGGAGAUGGCGUAUCCUGGUGCAACAGCACCUUAUCCUUACCCCCACAGCUGCGGCACCAGUAGCGUCGUCGUCAACAGCCAACCCUUCUCUCCGACGCUGGACUUCGUCGACCCUAAUGCGGGGCCAUGGUCAUCGCAGUUAGCUUCAGCCUUGCCGUCCAUGGUGCCGCCGCAGUAUUCCGGAGGGUACGCCAACCAGUUUCUCGGUCAUCCGAUGUACCACCAAGGUCAACACCUACCCGGUUUGGCUUCGGCGACGAAGGAGGCGAGGAAGAAGAGGAUGGCGCGCCAGCGGCGACUCGCUUCUCUCCAUCACCACCGAAAUCAUCAUAACCAGAGCCAUCUGCAGCAUGCUCAUCCUCAUCUGGGAUCCACUGAAGGUGCUGCAAGGAACUGGGCUUUCUGGACCAAUUCCUCUUCGUCGUCGCACAAAAGGAACCACUUGGCCGAGACGCAGACACCGCCUCCUGCGGCUCAACCGCAGCGGAGGUCUCCGCACGGUGCAGCUUCGACCUCAGAGAAACGUCAGGGAUGGAAGGGCGAGAAGAACUUGAAGUUCCUGCUGCAGAAGGUGCUGAAGCAGAGCGACGUGGGUAGCCUCGGCCGGAUCGUGCUGCCCAAAAAGGAAGCGGAGACCCACCUGCCGGAGCUGGGCGCAAGGGACGGGAUCUCCAUCCCGAUGGAGGACAUCGGGACCUCCCAGGUGUGGAACAUGCGCUACAGGUUCUGGCCGAACAACAAGAGCAGGAUGUAUCUCCUGGAAAACACAGGAGAUUUUGUGAGGUCAAACGGGCUGCAAGAAGGGGACUUCAUCGUGAUUUACUCCGACGUCAAGUGCGGCAAAUACAUGAUUCGGGGAGUGAAGGUUCGACAGCCGGCGGAGGCAGCAGGAGCACCGAGCGGCAUGAACGCUGAGAAGAAGGCACAUCGAAGAAGGAACGGCUUGGAGAAGACGGGUGGUGCAGAUAAAAUGAGAGGAAACAGCAUCAUCCAUGGGGAUGUUUCACCCUAG